CGUAAUACAACUCCUUUUGAGUUUUGACCAUCAAAACUGAAACUGUCGAACUCUUGUGCUAAAAUGAUCUGGUCGAGGGACGAGGGUAGAGACCGAUCAGCUUCAGUUGCGAGGGAAAUUGAAAUAUUUCGAAUCACAAAGCUAACUCCUACUCCGCAUCUUUAAUCCUGCUCUUCAGUUUUCAACCCCAUUCAUUCCUUCUGGAACCUUGUCCACCACUUCCAUUCUAGGGUUUGAAAGCAGACUACGGCUAUCUGAUUUUCUGCGUUUUCGAUCGGAACAUCGAAGCAUUGCAGGAACUUAAACAAGACCUAAUUCUCAAUCCGUCACAUUUCUAAGCGGCCACUCUUAUUUAUUUUUGUGUAGUUUGGGAUUGGCUUCUUGCACAGAGAAGGGAGGGAGCAAGGUGGAGGGCUGAGCCGGUGGAAAUAUUUAUUUACUUAUUGUAUUGGGAAAUACGGGAGAGCUAUGGUUGCUCCUGCCCGGUCGUUGGGUUCUCUUGGCUAUGGCGCGGGUGAUGGCAGUGGCUCAAAGGUUAUCACGACGACCACUUUGAAAAGGAAAACUCCAUCCGAGCUACGGGGUGAGCAGCUGAAGCGAAAGAAUAUCGAGGAACACAUAGAUGAAUCACCAGAUUCAGUUAUUGACUGUGCAAGGAAUAAUGAUUGGGUCAUUCCUGGAUCAAAGAAAGCCGAAGCACCAAAAAACCCAAGAUACAUCAACACUAAGAUGAACGAAUUAUAUCCUAUAAGGAAGAAAAUCAUCCAGCUGAGGUUGCUCUCCAGAAAAGAUCAUUCCAAGGAUUAUAUUCCAACAAAGGACAGUGGCAGCUAUGAGAGUUUGACUGGUUCUUCAAAAUUGGGUCAUGAGAAUCAAUUACAAGCUCCAAGGGCUAAAACAAUCCAAAGAUUUACCACAAGUGAUAAGUGUACUGAAAGUACAUUUUGCAAUGUCACAGAGCUGUCAGUGGGCAAUGAAAAACUAUCUAGCUUGUCAAAUGUGGACAUGGAUAAAGCUUUAAAGGGGUUUGCUGCCCAUGAACCAACUACUGCAUCAAAUCCAUGUUCCGAGUCUUCCCAACACACAGAUUCCUCAGGAGUGAAAAACCUUUGCUCUGAAUUUCAUGUACCUUGCAAGAAGACCCCUCUAGAUAUGACAUUGAAAACUACUAUGCGGCUUGUAGCCUCGAGUUCUGUCAGUUGGUUUCAUAGGUUGGUUAAUUGUGGAUCGUUCAAUAGUUUGUCGCAGUAUGCCUCACCUGGUUGUUCAGGUCCAAAUAUGGCAUCAUCAGUACUGAACUCCAAUACUCCAUCUCUGAACUCAUUGGAUAUACAUUCAUGGGUGUAUCCACAAUCUCCACUACCUCCUUCGGUUAUAUCCGCAUUAACUUUAUCUGCAUCCCAGGAAGGGAAAUUUGAUAUCUGGAGCAACCGGCAACAAGCAUGGGAGGAUUCAUUCAGAAGCCUUUAUUAUAUGCUUCGCAAAAAGAAGUGUGACAUUUUCUAUGUUUGCUUUUCACAGUUUGUUGUCAUGUUUAUUGGAACUGAUAGUUUGAAGGAAAAUAGACGUGUCUGCAAUGCUUAUAUAUCCCAGUCAACAGAGGGUUUACGGGCACAUCUCAAAGAAAAUAUUGAGAAGCAGAAUCUGGGCAAGACUACUCACCAAGAUGCCUUAGCACAUGUGGAUAACAGCCCCCAGUCUCUUUUGGCAUUUGUUGGGACUGACAAUGUCCAUGCGUUGUAUGAUUUUCUGUUAAACUAUAGAUAUUUUUUAGCUUCUUUGACUGGAAUGGAUGUGCCUAUGCUGUAUUCACCGCUGCCUUUCAAAAAUGCAGCUCUGUCUGUACCUGAGGUAAGAUGUAAAGAAGUUAGGAGAGCUGACCACAUGUCAAUCCCGUCAAAGGACUCUAUUAGAGCUGGAGAACCUAGUCUGAGGUGUUCUCCAGGUAUAUGUUACAGCAUUGAAAUUAAGGACCGAUAUCUCCCACCAUGGAUAAUUAGCAGCAUUUGCCAUACAGUUUGUUCUCAUGGCACAAGUUUUGAGGCAAGUUUUGUAACAGAGCCAGCGUCGAUUGGGUUGAAUGUUGGCUCCCGUGCUGCAUCUAGUGAUUGUAUAGAUGCAGAAGCUUCUUCAAAUGACGAAUCAAAAAAGACUAUCUUUUGUUUUGGGGUACCAAACACAACAGUUUCAUCUCAUUUGCAAUCUGCCUUUUUGAAGGGAUUGAAGUAUGAUGGCAACACUUACACAGCUUUGCUUUCACCUAUAUAAGUCAUCAUCAGCAUCAACUGCUACUAUGCAAAUGUGGAGCGAAUGCAUUUUGAAAUCACUCAAGUUCUCUUCAGCCACUCUAUGGCAUUUAUUUGCAACGCCUUCUAACGGCCACGUGCCCCCUUUGUGGAACAUCAAACUCAAUUCUCUGUAAAGGUUCAAUUUGAACUGCAGUGUAUGUAUGAUCUGAAGAGCUUAAUUGAGAACUCAAGAAAACAUCAACCCAUUAACUUAUUACGACGGAGAGUUUCUCAUCACAUCCUUCGUUUCCCACCUCCUUGUAGUAGUCCAAGUUUGGUUGGAGUUAUUAUGGUUUUAGAACAAGGUAAAGUGUCUGGUUACCUU